UUGCUUGAAAGGAAGGGAGACCUUCCUUAUAACGCAACUCCGAGAAAUUGAAAAUUAUAAACCAGAUUAUUUUAAUAUAACCCGAAAAUGUCGAGAUUUGUGCAAGACCUUAGCAAAGCUAUGUCUCAAGAUGGUGCUUCUCAGUUCCAAGAAGUCAUUCUCCAAGAACUAGAAUUAUCUGUGAAGAAAGAAUUAGAAAAAAUACUUACAACAGCAACCUCACAUGAGUAUGAGCAUACUAAAAAAGAUCUUGAUGGAUUUCGGAAGCUAUAUCAUAGAUUUUUGCAAGAAAAGGGACCUUCUGUAGACUGGGGUAAAAUCCAGAGACCUCCAGAAGAUUCGAUUCAACCCUAUGAAAAGAUAAAGGCCAGAGGCCUGCCUGAUAAUAUAUCUUCUGUGUUGAACAAACUGGUGGUGGUGAAACUCAAUGGUGGUUUGGGAACCAGUAUGGGCUGCAAAGGCCCUAAAAGUCUGAUUGGUGUAAGAAAUGAGAAUACCUUUUUGGAUCUAACUGUGCAGCAAAUUGAACAUUUGAACAAAAGCUACAAUACAGAUGUCCCUCUUGUUUUAAUGAACUCUUUUAACACGGAUGAAGACACAAAAAAAAUACUUCAGAAGUACAAUCAUUGCCGUGUGAAAAUCUACACCUUCAAUCAAAGCAGGUAUCCGAGGAUUAAUAAGGAAUCUUUACUUCCUGUAGCAAAGGAUGUGUCUUCCUCAGGGGAAAGUACAGAAGCUUGGUACCCCCCAGGACAUGGAGAUAUCUAUGCUAGUUUCUACAACUCGGGCUUGCUCGACACCUUUCUAGAAGAAGGCAAAGAGUAUAUUUUUGUUUCUAACAUAGAUAACCUGGGUGCCACAGUGGAUCUUUAUAUUCUUAAUCAUCUAAUGAACCCACCCAAUGGGAAACGCUGUGAAUUUGUCAUGGAAGUCACAAAUAAAACACGAGCAGAUGUAAAGGGUGGAACACUCACUCAAUAUGAAGGCAAACUGAGACUGGUGGAGAUUGCUCAAGUGCCAAAAGCACAUGUUGAUGAAUUCAAGUCUGUGUCAAAAUUUAAAAUAUUUAACACAAACAACCUAUGGAUCUCUCUUGCAGCAGUUAAAAGACUGCAGGAGCAGAAUGCCAUUGACAUGGAAAUCAUUGUGAAUCCAAAGACUUUGGAUGGAGGCCUGAAUGUUAUUCAGUUAGAAACUGCAGUUGGAGCUGCAAUUAAAAGUUUCGAGAAUUCUUUAGGUAUUAAUGUUCCAAGGAGUCGUUUUCUGCCUGUGAAGACCACGUCAGAUCUCUUGCUUGUGAUGUCAAACCUCUAUAGCCUUAAUGCAGGAUCUUUGACCAUGAGUGAAAAGCGGGAGUUUCCUACAGUACCCUUGGUUAAAUUAGGAAGUUCCUUUACCAAGGUUCAAGAUUACCUAAGGAGGUUUGAAAGUAUACCUGACAUGCUGGAAUUGGAUCACCUCACUGUUUCUGGAGAUGUGACAUUUGGAAAAAAUGUUUCAUUAAAGGGAACAGUUAUCAUUAUUGCAAAUCAUGGUGACAGAAUUGACAUCCCCCCUGGAGCAGUGUUAGAGAACAAGAUCGUAUCUGGAAAUCUUCGAAUCUUGGAUCACUAAGAUAAGCGCUGCCGGAUACACUUUAUACUAAUUAUGGGUUAAACAGUUUCUUGUAAUAAAAUGUCCUCUAAGAUUCUCAAAUGAGCAAGUACUUUUACUGUGCAGUGUUGAUUUUUUAGAGUUUUCUGCAAUGUGCUUUUAGCCUAAAGAGAGCAUAGAUGGAGCAGUACUGUCCUUUUUUGAUGAAGAGCCUAGAGAUGAGUUCAUCUAAAAGUGCAAUAUUAUUUAAUCGUAGAACUGGGCCAGCUCGGCAAUCUUUUAACAGA